GAACAAAUUACAAAUCUGAUUAUGAAGUGACAUGUUUGUUUAAGCGAUAUGUGAAUUUAAUGUUUUGAAUUUAAUCAAACGUAACACAAAACGGUGUACAUUUAGCCGUAUACUAUCAAACAAUGUGAUGUUCAUUAACUAUUAUUAAGUGAAAUUGUGAAUAAUUUUUACCAAACGUAUAAACCCCAGUUUAGCUCAAUUCCCAGUUGUGCCCUGGCAAGGGUCUGUUGAUCGAUUGUGAUUUUACUUAUAUUCUAUUGACCUAAUUAAACGAAUAAACAAUGGGUGAUAAAGAGGAUUAUUUGACGUCAUAUCGAGUGUUUUUUGAAAAUUUUGCGGCUACUGUAAAUCCUGAAGAUCAGUUACCAGUUCACAUAGCUGGAUACACUAUCACCGAAGCUGAAUUGCCGGGUGAAGUCCUCUAUUGGACCACCCAAUAUUUAAUUGAAAAACAAUGUCCACAGACACUGAUGACGCCGCUGCGGCGUAUCAUACUUGACGAGGUGCAAGUUGCAUCGAAAAAACAGCCUAAUGAUUUUGGAUACAAAUCCGAUGAUUCAGUGUACAUUGCGUUACGGCUCAUGCAAGCGGUCACAGCUCGCGUAAUCGGCGUGUGCCUACGGUACCUGGACAACUCCAAAUUGGACUCUUUGCCACCGCCCCCGCCGAUUACGCAGCGUGAUAUGAAGACUGUGUCCUGUGCCACCAAGAACUCGCGCAGAGUCAUGGAAGACCGACAUGUUGAAAUAGGCAACUUGGAAGCGUUGUUUGGAAUUGAUACGACUGAGAAGACGAGUUUCUAUGCGGUGUAUGACGGCCACGCGGGGUCGGCCGCAGCCACUUACUGCGCGGCCCACCUGCACCAGUACCUGGUAGAGAGCCCUCAUUUCUCUGGAGAUUUAGGCCGUGCCAUGCGAGAUGCUUUCCUCAGGACGGACGCGGAGUUCAUUAGGAAAAGUAAUCAAGAGCGUGCAUGCGGCGGCAGCACUGCUGUGGCGGUGGCUGUGCGAGCGCGGCAACUGCUGGCGGCGUGGGCAGGCGACUCGCAAGCAUUGCUUGCGAAACGCAUGCGACUUAUGCAGCUCGUGCGACCGCAUAAACCUGGCCGACAGGACGAGAGAGAACGAAUAGAGUCUUCAGGAGGCACGGUCAUGUUCUGGGGUACUUGGAGAGUCAACGGACAGCUAGCGGUCUCACGUGCCAUUGGUGACGCUCAGUACAAACCAUACGUGACGGCUCGACCAGAAAUCGCAACUGUUGACUUGGACGGUGAUGAAGACUUUGUAGUGGUGGCAUGCGACGGACUAUGGGACUUUGUUAGCGAAGAUGAUGUCGCACUAGCGGUUUACAGACAACUGGCAGUCGAUCCAGAUGACUUGAAGGCGGUGACGAGGCAUCUGAUCGUGCAGGCAAAGCGGCAGGGUUCCGCCGAUAAUAUUUCAAUAAUAGUGGUGUUCCUGAAGGACCCGCGUGACAUCGCCGCCGACAACUGCCCGCCCAUGGAGCUUGGGCUGGACAACGCGCUGGCGAAUCCGCCUCCCUUUGCUAUGGAGGCGGAGGCGUGCAAGAGGCAGUUGGAGUCGAGCGCCGCUGAGAGCGUCGACAAUGACAACUCGGACAGUGACAGCGACGACCUCGGCCCAGAGACGGCGGUCGAUGUGGACGACGUCGACGCAGACAGGAACCACGAGCCGGCGCCCCCGACUCCGCCCGCACACACAGUGGAGGAGGGCCACAUUGACGGCGCACUUUUGGAUAAUGUAGCUGAGAGCGGCGAAGAGUCUGAAGACGAGUGGAACUACUACAAGGGCGAAGGUGAGCGCGAGGAACAAAAUCCUAGCGACGAUCUGGACGAGCCACCGCGCUCAGAAACACCCUGCCAGGACAAUUCUGCUUGGGAAACCAGCUCAGUAGACAUGAACAGUUCACCAUUGAACCCGGACGCACCAGUUUUCAUCCCCGGUUCAGUGACCGGAAGUGAUGUGCUGCUUGCGGAGUCUCCGCGGAAGCCAGUGCCCAUGGAUGAUAUAGAAUUGCCAGAUGUAGCACAGUUUGAGACUGAAGCAGUUGUGAGACCUGCAGAACUAUUAGACUUGGAUAACUGUGAUCAACUUAAUGGCCAUCAUAAUGUGUCAAUAAAUGAAACGGGUAAUUUAAAUGGAAAUGAAAAAUGCAAUAUGGACAGUUUGGGCUUUGGAUUCAAUGUAGGCAAGGAUACUGAAAAUGUCACAAAUACAGAUUUUAUACAAGAUUUUGAAAGGAUACAGAAGGACACUACUGACUUCUGCAAUAUACAGGUGUUCCAAACACACAGUGAAACCAACCCCUUUGCAUCGGAUGAUAAUGAUGCAUUGCUUGAAAGGCUAAAAAAUAAGGAGAGAGACCCUAUGAGCAUGAGUUUUUAUCAAGAAAAAGAUGAUGAUACAUGUGAAAGACUGAAUAAAAAUACUUCUCAUGUAGACCUUAAUGCAGUGCAGACUCUGCCUGAUAGUGAUGAUGAGGAUAUACAGUCAAAUGGAAUUUAUGAUGCCCUCAAUGAAAAUGACAAGGAAAAUGUUUUACCUGACAAACAUACAGAGAUUUUGCCAUCAGAUAUAGAUAUUCAAGAACCUAAUAAUGAUAUAAUGAGGUUUGAUUGUAGACCAUCAGACCUACCUGAAAAUGAUGUAGGUAAAUUUGAGCAAGGAGAUAAUUUUAUAGAUUACAAUGUAGAUGGCAGUAAUAUACAGAAUUACCCUAAUUUGGAAUUUGAAAGUAGUAAUGUUCCUCAAGAUACAGUAUUACAAACUGAUACUCCUGAAUCUCACAAAUUAUUAUUUGAACAAAUCCCUGAAAUACCAGAUGGCAAAAGUUCCGAAUUAGGUUUCACAAAUGAAGAUUUACAAGAUCCUUCAGAAAGUGAAAAGGACACCCGAGCAUUCACUCCCCAAGAUGAUAUAUCACAAGAUGUUGAUAUGGAAAGUAAACCAGAUAUUUCACCAGAUGCAGAAAUACAGCUUGAAUUCAAAGAGGAUCUCAUUGGAGAUGUCUUUUCUAAGGAACAAGAGGUUUCUUCAGAAUCACAGCAAUAUCCAGAGGAUAAAGACAAUGAAAUAGUAUCAGAGACGGUAUUUAGUUUGGAUAAUCAUGUUUCUAAUGAACAAGUACCAGAGUCUCUUUUAUCAGUACAGGAAAAUGAAAUUAAAGAGGCUACCACACCAGAUUUGACUCAAGAUACAAAGGAAAAUGUUGUUGUUGAUGUACACCAUACCAAUGAAUCCAAUUUAGAUGAACUGGGUUACAAUGCUCCGAUAACUGAUGAUAUAAUUUCUGAGGUAGAUAUAAAAUUGGAUAGUAAUCAGGACCCAGUUCCAACUGCAGAAACACCCUUGCUCACAGAACCGUUACUAUCACAAUCAAUACAAUUAUCUGAUUCCCCUCUUCCAUCACAGUCUCCAGUGCCUUCAGAGACAUUGCAAUCAACUCAAUCACCAAUAUUGGGCAACUCACCAAUUCCAAGUGAAUCACUUUAUCCAUUGAAAUCUCCAGUACCUGAAUCGCCACUACCUUCAGAGUCUGCAUUGUCCCCAAUACCAGUUUCUACAGACCUCGCCCCGGAAGAAACAACAUUUGCAGCUUCUACAGCCUCUCCAACACCAGGUUUCGCACAGUCACCAAUUCCAGAACCCGAAUUAGCUCAUGCACAAUCACCAGUACUUUCACAUUCUCCGACGCUGACUGAAAAGGAGUUGCGCGAUCAGUCACCGUUGCCGGCCGAAGUUCCAUUACCUAGAGAAUCACCGCUCCCUGUCGAAUCACCUCUGCCUGCAGAGUCACCACUCCCGGUGGAAUCUUCCCUCCCCAUCGAGUCGUCGAUCUCGAGGGAGGAGUUCGUUCCGGUUGAAUCGCCUUCACUCGUCGACCACGCGCCGACGACGGAGUCUUCCGGACCCGAAUCCGCGCUUCGACUCGACACUGUGUCACCACACGGUGCAUCUCCCCUACCCGACGAAUUCGCUACGAAUAUAGUCGAUUUCGACGCGUGUCUCCGCACGCCCGCCGUCGACGAGAGACUCGCUCCUGAGAUACCGAGCGAACAGGCGGACGCGCAGUCUACAACACCGCAGACAGCCUCGGGUCCGACACCCGACUUAUUACCUCCCAUACGGGACGAUAUCGAGCAACAGACGCAUUCCGAACUCGUCACCGAUAUAGACAUCGAACAACUGGAGUCGCGAGCGCAAGAGAUCUGCAUGCCGGUCACUAAUGAAAUUUAUACCGACGAUUCGGUACUGCAGCCUACCUCGUCUCCGGCGCCCUCGGCCCCGCAGCCGGACGCCGCUCUCGUCGCGUCUCCGCUCAAAGAGACGCAAAUCGCCGCCGACGUCGCCCCCGACGUGCAGUCGAAUGCGGCGUCCGUAGCCAUCGCCGCCGCCGCCGCGGUCGUAGGCGCCACGGCCGCAGUCGCCGCGACCGCCAAGUCCAAGACGCCCGCUAAGAAGUCCCCGACUACACCGACGGCGAAGGCCGACGGUCGCGCGACCAAGCUCGCAUCGAAACCGGCGGCGAGUCCGAGGACGCCCGCCUCCGCGACCAAGAAACCCACUACGACGACGCCCACGGCCAAGGCAGCCACGACGCCCACAUCCAGGUCGGCGACCGCGCCCGCGCGGGCGUCCACGACGCCCUCGUCGCGACCGGCGACGGCGGCGCGGACUGCGGCGAAGCCGGCGACUCCCGGUACGAAGACGACGGCAUCCGCGGCCAAGCCGGCGACCGCGCCGACUCGCAGCGCCGCUCCGAGAACGACCGCGGCCGCGCCGAAGCCGACUGCGGCUCGGGAGCCGACCGCCGCCGCCAAGACGGCGGCCAGCACGCGCGCCGCGCCCGCCGCCAAGCCGGCGCUGCCUCGGACCGCCGCCGCGCGCCCCGCCCCGCGCCCCGCCGCCGCGCGCCCCGCGCCGCCCCGCCCCGCCGCCGCGGCCGCGCCCGCCGCGCCCAAGCCCAAGGAGGCAGUCGCCAAGCCGAAAGUGACUGAGAAGAAGCCGCUCACCAACGGCGACGCUAAGGACGCGAGCAGGGCGCCGCCGCGCGCGACCAGCCGCCCGCCCGCCGCGCGCCCCGCGCCGCGCCCCGGGCCCCGCGCCGCGCCCGCACCCGCACCUCCCAAGACUGCUGCUCCAAAGCCGGCGCCCCGAGCCCCCGUCACAACGAAACCCUUAGACAAGCAAACGAAGGAUCUCGCGAACAAACGUAUAACUGCCAAGGCCGCUCCACCAAGGACUGCCGCCACAAAGGCUCCUACAAACACAAAGAGCACAUCAGCAAAGCCGGUGCCCAAGAAACCUGUAGAGUCGCCCAAGAAAGAGAUCGUGCAGACAAACGGACUGACGAAUGGUGCACUAGAACCGGAAUUGACGAAGCCGCCGCCGAGUCCGCCCGCCGCCGACAACGCUCUGCUCCCAGACGUGAUCGCGUGAACGCGCCACAAGUGAUUCGAUUCCUAUUAUUUCCGCUUUGAAUUUUGUGAUUUUCUAUAAGUGUAUGAUAGUUUUAACGUCGUUCGUAGCGGCGAGUCGUUAGGUGCGGGAGGCUCCUCCCAGUUUUAUACUAUAUAGUCGCUUUUUAUAGAAGUGUACGUUGCAGUUCGUUAUGCGCGGGCCACAGCCCGUAGUUGCGUGGGCGCGGCCGGCCGACUGCGGCCGCUCCACCGGUGUUGAGGAUCGUCUUUUAAAAUGUCACUGUUUAUUGUUUUACGCAGCAUUGACUAGCCGGUGACGUAGGUCGCAGUCGCUCGAUGCGCGCCCGCUAAACGGUUAUUAUCUCCAUUAUUAUAAGUCUGUUUUAGAUUUUUAUAUUACCAACGAAUGAUUGAUUUAAAAAUCUGGCUUUUUAAUUUAUUUUCUUUGUAUAACCGUAUUAUUUAAAUAAAAAAAAGAAGCGAAGAAGGACUGAGACAUUGUUUUAUUUAUAAAGGGUAUAAAAUUAUAAUAUAGUUGAAGUGAAUAUACACAAUUAAAAUAAUAUUGUUUACUUAAAUUCAUAAUAGCUUACUUAUUAUGUCGAUGUAAACUUAAAUAUCAUGGUGUUACAAAGAAAUACUAAAAUAGAGCAAUUUUAUUGGAAUAAAUGAUUAUCACCCUG